AAGCCCCCCCCCCCCCUCCGUCCAUCCUCAUCCUCACCAUCAGCCCCCUCUGAGAAAGCAGCGACCUGAAGACGAUGAGCGACCUGGAGACCUCGAUGGCGACCAUCAUCGCCGUGUUCCAGAAGUACUCGGAGCGCGAAGGAGACAGACACAAGCUGAAGAAGAGCGAGCUGAAGGAUCUUCUUCACGACGAGCUGCCCGACCUGAUGGAGCACGUGAAGGACCAGGCCGCCCUGGACGCCCUGAUGGAGAGUCUGGACGCCGACGGAGACGCCGAGUGCGACUUCCAGGAGUUCAUGACCUUCGUCUCCGUGGUUACCGUCUGUUGCCACGAGUUCUUUGAGCAUGAGGACGAGUGAGGGAGAGGAGGGAGGGGGGGGGAGGAGGGCGGUAGAUUGUAAAGAAGAAGAGGGAGCAGGAGAGAAGGAAGCUUAGCGACGCACACGGAGCGGCGUUGAGGCCGGAGGCCGGCAGAGAGGCUUCUGGAAGGUUCCCACUCCGACUCCCAAUCACUUAAACUACACUUUAAAGCACCUCAGAUCCCAGUGGCUGCAAAUGGUUUGGCACUUUUUCAUAAAACACACUGAAACAUGAAGGAUCUUCUGCCAAAAAGAUCCAGUGAAAUUGUAAAAAUGAGGAUUAUCAGGAUGGGAGCGUAGUUCCUCCUGGAUUAAAGUCCCCGUUGGGAAUAACGCUUAACGUUGGAAAUCCAAACAAAACUUUACGGUUUAAAGAGACAGAUUGUUGUUCGGUGAAAGUUGGAGGAAUAUAGAACAUUAAGAUGAAUCCAGUCCUUCUUUGGGGAUUCUUCCCUUUAAGAAACCAUGAAUCAACCGAGAGGAACCUUUGAAGACCAUCAACCCCGUGGUGAACGUUUCCACGUGACUCCAGAGCUUCAGCUCAUUAGGAGACCGAUUAAUAGAUGUGUAACUUAGUCAAAUGCAUUAACAAUAUAGAAUUCAUUUAAUUCAUUCGUUUCUUUGGCUACUAAAAGGUCGAUGUGGCUUUUUCAUGCUUAUGUCAUGUUUUUUGAGUCAUAACUCACUAAACUUAAUCACAAGGAUUUAUCAGAUUCAACUGAUAUUAAAUGUACUUUCUCACACUUCUCGUCAGGCAAAGGAAACAUAAAAACAGGUGUGACUUUUGAAAUGAAAUGAAUGUUUGACUCUUUGAGUUGUUUUUGUGCUACAAAAAAGAAAAAUGCUGUUUUAUGUUUGUUUUCCCCCUAAAAUGUGCAAACAUGCCAUUUAAUAAAUGCAAAAUAUUGAUA